UAGCCGUGGAAAGAGUGUUUUUCAUUCCCUGAGUGCGUAAUUAUUGCAAAUACUUCGCUGGAUUUCUCUUAACAUCUUUGUGUUUAAAAAAUAAUGUUUAUUACAUUUGAAGUUAUAAAGUUAUCAUCUCAGUUUGCAACCGUAAUGAUUCGUUCUACAAAUGUGUUGAGUUUGGAAAUAAGCAGAAAGUUAAUUCGUGAGUUUGAUGGAAGGUGCUUCGUGGUGAAAGUUAAGAAGUGAUUUAUUGAACGGAUUUGGUGGAAUGCAGUGAUUUGAAGGUAUAAUAAUAGUAGUGUAUGUUAAGUAUACUUCAAGUAUUAGGAUUUAGAAAAUCGGCAGAUAAACUGAACAAUACGCGAAGCCGGGUUAGAAUCGUGAGUUUUUGCUGUGGCAUUUAACGUUGCUAAAGAAAUGUUCCGUAUUGUUCGAUGAAGAAUGGCUGCAAAGGCUUAAACGAUUGCCCGAUUUAAUGCAACCAUAUAUCAUCACCUUCUUUAGCACGAAACAAGUAUUACAAUUGCCAUUCGUUGCCGGAUUAUAAUAAGGUACCUCCGAAACAGGAGUCCGGGAACCGGUACAAUCGAAGUCGGUUCGAGAAAAGUGACUGGGAUCCAUUUCCGAGUCUAUAGUCACGAUAUCCGGUCGUUAAUCGAAAACCGGGAAUCAGAAAAGCCGACAUCAAUUUGUUUAGCCGUCUACUGACAAUGACUAUCGAUUGGACUAAUUUUGAGAUCACCGAAGCCGACUCUGCCACGGCAAACAAUCCCCCCAAACGCACACACACAGCCAUACUUGCAUAACGGUUUACAGUUAGCUGUCAAACGAUCUGCCGUUUUUUAGUUGGCCUUGCCGUAAUGAUAGAAUCUGUCGGCUCGUGUAAUCACGGCAAAUGUUUUUGUUUUGUUGGUGAACGGUUUUUGAGAUAAUCAUGUUCUUCGAGGUUACCUGAAAUGUGCGAUUUUUCAAAAUAGUUUAGAACCGUUUCGAGGUGGAUUUCCGAAUGGAAAUAUGGUGUGAUUUGGGACCAACAAACAUUUCAAAAAGUGAUCAAUUGUGUUUUGUUAGUGCGGUGCUAGUGUUUUACAGUGUUAUUCGGUGAUUCAGCGGUAAGAAGUGAAGUUCAUUCGAGAAAACGAACAAAAUAUUGGCGAAACAUGGCCCAAGAAAUCUUGGAAAAAGUUUUAGCUGUCAAACUUGAAGCAGGGGAGCAGUUUCCGGCGUGGUUUUUGGCGAUAUUUGAGUGUGAACCAAGGAGCUGCUCAAUCGAAGACUUCGCCGUCCACUUUCUGGGACUAAUUAGAACACAAACAGAAGACUUCACAAAAUGCGUUCCCUCGAUGUGCGAUACGCCGAAGAAAGUCCUCCCGGUGGCGGUGGCCAACAGCGGCAGGAAGCUGUCAAUCACGUCCUCAGCCAGCAGCGAUCCGCCGGCUAACAGCAAUAAUAAUCCUCCCGUAUCGGUAUCAGCGACGACGGGGCCAUCAAUCGGGGCACCAGCAACUGAUCGGUUGCCGACCACGUCCGGCCGUCUGAAAGAAGAUACCAGUGGGAUCAAGGAACAAUUGGAUGCGUCCGGAAGUCGGCCACAAUCGGCCCGAUCGAUCUCACGUGAUUUGUUUGCCGGUGCCCGAGCCGUCGAGGAAGAACAGGAUGAGGACUUCCAUACGGGAUUUAGGAAAAUCGAUGGCAUUCAGAAAUCUUUCCCUGCGGUUGGUCCACCACCAUCGGUAACGGGAACGGAGGAUGCUUCGAAACGGCGAAGGGCCGAUCAAGUUUCAAUGACUCCGCCGAUUGUUUCAACUGAGCGGCAUCAUAGUUAUGAAAGGAACGAAAAUGAAAAACAUCCGUUCCCAGUCAUCACAGAGGAGGCAUUGUUUAGUCCAAUUCCGAACGCUAGAAUCGGUACUCCGACGACGAUUGGCAAAACCGAUGGUGGUACCAACAGCAGCACUCCGAUCAGAAACCACGGCGCCAAACCCAUCACACAUCAACUGAACACCAGCACUCCAAUCGUCAGCCUCAGCAAUCGGUCGGGCAAAGGAUCACGUAACUCGUGGAAUCUGGAUUGCUCAACGCCUAACAACAAUCAGUCGGCGCCGGGUAACGGUACUCGCCAUGAUUCACGUCGCUGUCACGAUCGAUCCUUUGGAAACUACAACCAUCACACCAGUAGCAACAGCAGCGCAAGCCGUCCGACCAGUUCACCUUGUCUGGGUGACUUCAUUACCCACUCCUCGUUGAAGUCGAAGCCUCGAAAAUCGGUAACCAAUGCCGCCGCACCCGGCAGCGCAAAUAACAGUAAAGAUAGUAGUAGCAAACCGAACUCACUCUUCAUGGAGAAUGAGUUCCCUGGGUUGAAAGCCUCGAUGCAGCCAUCGACCCCCGGAAGCGAACAGCAACGGAGUAAAAAACGCGUAACACCAAUCACGGUCAGUAAAACACUUACCAGUCGACUUGGUGGAUCCAGUUUUGAGCUUGACAAUUCGAUUAGUCCUGCCGAGGGGAAAUCUAAACGGCGCGUCACGCCUACAACGAUUUUAACUAGAUCUACCGGCUUGAACCGGCACGAUUUUACCAGUUCAUCGUUCAAAUCGGAUAAUAAUUUAAUUAACUUGACAGAAGAUAGCCUGGAAUUAGAUCUCUCUCAGAAAGACGAACGAGGUCUGUUGCGAAACUAUAAAGAUAUUAUCAGGAGCAGCUUCGAAGCUGCCGAGGAACAAAAUCCUGACACAAACCGAAUGCUUCAUACUGCCCUACGGAAUUCUAUCAUAACACCACGCAAACUAGCAGAAGGAUUAGCCAAUGCUCAGCCGGUUCGAAUCGAGCUGAAUCGGGUUACACUACCAGUCCUGAUUAAUCGUUUGGUAGACGUUUACACCGUGCUAAUUGACCUCAACCUUACCCCAAAUGUCCUGUCCGAGGUAUCGUAUUUAAUAAACUUAAUCAACACCGAAUUUGAUCCACUGGUAUGUUCACCGCCGGACACUGCUGAGGAUUGCGGUUUGGAUAAACCGGCUGUACAAGUUUUGAGCGUGUUGAAAAAUCUGAACAAUUGUGUCUACUUUGCAAUGGAAGCACUUAACCGACAGAAAAAUCUGCUAGCACUUCUCGAUAGCACAACCCUUAAGGUGCUGAUUGAAAAUGAACGGAUUGCCACACUGAAUCAACCACUGAAUGAUUUCCUGAAGGAUUGUUAUGCACAAAAACUGCAAUUGGAUUGCAGUGGACAAAAAAUUCUCGAUGGGACCAUGCAUGUGGCCAACAGUGGCAGCGGAAUCAAUGUUUUCUACCAACAGGAAGCCGACACCAGAGAGCAUUUUCCCUCAGAUCGGGAGUUUGGGGCCUUCAAGAAGCAGCGGGACAUGUUUUGUACAAUUUAUAGGACGUGGGAUCUUAAGCACCUAAAUCCGACGUGGAACUUUCUGGCGGAGCUCGGAACGAAGGUUCGCUCGCUGUCGGCUAUCAUGGACCAUCCAAUCAAUAUGGCACACCUGGCGAAGCUAUUCACGGCACAGUUGGUACAGUCCUGCAACUUUGAUAACGCAGCUUCCGAACUGGCGAUGGACUUGCCGAACGUGGACCCGGCCAAGCUGGUAAAACUCCGCCAGAGACUGGUCGCACCCAGUCAGUUCUCCACACAGUACCUUUUCCCGGGCAGUCAGGCGUUUUUCCGCGAUUUUAUCAUCGCCAGCGAGACCAAUCAAAUAUUCAUCGAGCAGUUGAAGGCCGGGCUGAUCCACGAGCUGCUGGAGAUGAACGGUUCCUCGUACGAGGUGCUGAACGUUUCUGUCUCCGAAAAUCAGCACGACAGCGAGUAUGUGGUUCGGCCGGAAUCGACGACAACAAUGCGUGUCCUGGCGAAAUUUAUCGGCUACAUCAUCUCAAGGCCAUUCAACUUCGAUAGCUGCAGGAACACAACGGUGGAAAAUCGGCAAAUCGAGCUUCGUAAUGUGCUUCUACCUCUAUUUGACGUGAAAUCGAUUCUGCUAAGAGCCAUAGCAGAACGAAAACUUAUCAUCACCGUGCCUUGGUUGGUUCAAUAUUUGGCCAUGCUGGAUGGAAUCACCCUUCGCCUGAGCUACUACAGGGAACUAUUCGAUGUUCUGUACGAGCUGUACCUGAGAACGACGGCGUACGAUGGUCGCACCGAGAGAAGACUACUCGCAACACCCACAUCCAAGUUCAUUAUUCGGGCGUGCUUGGGGUGGUUGUUUGAACAUCCGAAUAUCCCAGAGGAGUACUACAGUUAUCGCCAGGAGAGACGGUCCCUGCUCUCCACUGAUGAAGGAUUGCACAAUUAUAAAAAAAUAACCGUACUUGUGGACAAUGGAAUCUCGGAAGAUCUCGAAACCAGUCCAUUAAUUCUAACGAAAAUCGAUGGCCGCUCUCAAGGGACUAUGAGCUGUGAGAUGAGACCACUGAGAAAGCAAAUUAGUGAAAGUGGUUUCCUGAAAAACGAUUUAAUAGCUCCCAAGGUUUCCCUGAACCCUUUGCUUGAAAGCAUAUUAAAUGCCGCUUGUCCGUUCCUGGCGGAUUUUCGCGUUUCGAUGAUGCCAUCGAAACUGGAGAAGACCGUUUCCCGCUCCGGCAGGUAUCGUCAUAUCACGACCAAAUAUUCCGGGGCUACCACAGUGGUGGGUAGCAGUCAGAAACCAACGACUAACGACCAACACAAACUAUUGGAAGCGUUCCUGCGUUCCCAGAGCCUAUCGGUUCGUCGCACCGUAGAGUUUGUAAUCGAACGGACCUCAUCGGCGGCGAUCAAAGAUUUUCAAAUCACGCAUCUCCUGCCCCGUAGAAAGCAAACAUCCGAACAAAUCGCCGCACUACAGACCGAAUCCAUUUCCCACGCCACCAAGGAGAUUUACGUGAUUUGUUCAGCGGCGCUAGCCGAAAUCAAUGCCAGCUGGGACUCGCAUGUGCCACCGAUGUUGGCCCGCCGAAUUCAGGAAGCAUUUGAUGCAUUGCUCCCGAGUGAAACCUUGGAACCGGUAAAACGAACGUGUAUUAAUCUUGCGCUGGAACGGUGCCUUGUCAAAAUCAACGAAUGGCGGCAGACACACAUGUUCGAGAUAGACUUAUUUUGCAAGGACAUCCCAAGCGAAGCAGCGAAAGUGGUGAAAGAAGCCACUAGUAAGCAGAACUUUGUCCUUUCGAACUUAACGGUGAAGCUGGAGCAGACUCCGCACACGGUUGUGUACGAUCGACUUCAAACCAUGAUUUACUUGGCGGCUUCACUCCCGGAUGAAUUGGACCCGAUCGAAGUGAAAGGAUUCAUUGCGCUCACAACGCGCUAUCUGGACGAGCAGGAUGGAACACCUGCGAUGAAUAAAACACUCGCAUUCAUGAUGCUACAACUGGCAUUGCUAAUCGUGAUCAAUCGUUGUGAUUUAAUUGUACCUGAUUUAGUGCAAAGUUUGUUAUCUGUUUGGAAACACGGAAAAUUGAAGGAAUUUUGUACGAUUCCAAGUACUGCCGAUGACGACAACGAAGAGGACGAAAUAGAAAAGCUUAUUAUCAAUAAUACCCUGGAGGACGGCGAGAGGCCAAUGGUGGACGAGGAAGAUAUCCGUCGAAUCAGACUGAGGAAACAGCAAUCGGAAAGUAACUACAUCUUUUCGACACUGGUCAGCAACCGUUGCAUCCGAAUGAUGGCACAUCGUGACACGGACCAAGUGUUUGCUUGUUUUGCUAGUUUCAUCAACAGUAUGGUGGACUGUAAUCUGAUCAACAUCCGUCGGUUGAACGAACAGUUCGUGAAGAUAUUUAACGAAGACUGGCACCAGCGCACUCUGGAGCGCGUCUCGCUUCUAAUGGAUGCCGUUCUGCGAGGAACUGCUCGAACAACCGGUGCUCAUACCGCAGCCGAAGAAGGGACUACCGUUGACGGACUGGACGCGGUACGAGCGAUCAGGCGUAAAACCAACAACGUAGACGAUUCGCACUCGCAGCUGUUCCUGGAAAUGCUUUCGGAUUUGGCACGCGAAAUUGAGGAUUUCUGAUACUUAAUUAUGUUGACACGACAGUCCGCAGAUGGAUUGCGGUAACCCAGCACAGCAGUUCAGUGUUAUCUGUUCUAGCGUUUUGAUAUUAACUUGUUUUACAACUUUUUGUGUAAUUUUAUUCUAUUUCGUAUGAAGUUAUGUGUUCAGUUUGUUCAACUUUUUAUAAUUUUGAUUCAAAAAUUAUAGCACUCAAAUGUAUUUGUC